GGAGGAUGAAGAGGAGGCGGGGCCAGUCCAGUGAGAUGGUGACGACGCUCUCAGCAGGUGCCUCAAGUGGGAGGUCGCCCAGACCGGCGAUGGAGAAGAGCCACUGAGCGCACAAGACGGCCGCACACAAGGAGCUGCACAACAAACAGCCCCUGCAUUUUCCUGUGGUCCAGCUUGUGUUCUUCACCCCCCCACCGCCAUGUUGCUUUGCCCUGUGCUGCUCGGAGCCAGCCUGCUCAUCCUGGCCCCCAUGGGGACGCCUCAGGCUCGCGCACUUCACCCUUCCCCUGGGAGUUCUCAGUUAAUGGAGCAGCUCCUGGAUCGCUAUAACGACCUGCUGACCUUCGAUGACCUGGAGAACCUUCUGAGCACUCCGGUCGAGGAGCAGUCCACCUUGUCCUCUGGGGUCAAAGCGUCCGAGUUUCCCGGCAAAUGGGCGGACGUCCAGCCGGAGACGCCCUGGCUCCGCCUCCUGAGGGGGGCCCUGGCCAAUCAGAAACCCGUGGAGUCGGAGCGCUCGCGGAGGGGGUGGAACCGAGGUUGCUUCGGCCUCAAGCUGGACCGGAUCGGGUCCAUGAGCGGAUUGGGUUGUUAGUCGACGGACUGGUGUCAUCCUUGUGAGGAAGGUGAAGGUUAGCUUACAUACAGCACCUUUGUAGCUGUUUCAUACUUGCGCUGUAAUAUUUCACUAUUCCAAAAUAUCUUCAACUUCCAGCAGCAUCCCCCCCUCCCCAACCCCCCAUUUGCCAUUGUAAUGGCCUGCGUUGUGGUGUGUUGGAAAUCCUUGUGCCAAGUAAAGUACAAGUUGUAGAAUUGUCCAGCCCAUCGUGUCGACACCUCCUCUUCUGAUUUGCACCAAUAAAUAGAUUUGACCUUUG